AUGGGUCUCUUUGGUCGUAAGAAGGAGACUGAGUCUCCUUCGGAUAUCGUCUCGCCCACAGCCGAUCUCACCUCCGCAGAGAAGAAUGCUCCUCUAUCCCAAAACAGCCCUCCUCCUCCCACGUAUGAGUCCAACAACAUCUACGGCGAGAAGUCGCCUGGUGUUGCGAGAAUCGAGGCCCUCUCUGCCGCCAUCACCACUACCGACCGCUACUUCAUCUUCUUCGGCGUCUUUUUGGUCGCCUAUGCCUAUGGUCUCGAUGGAACCCUUCGCUACGCCUACCAACCCACCGCCACGAGCAGCUACGCUACGCACUCCCUUCUGGCUACCGUUAACGUCCUUCGCUCCGUCAUCGCCGCUGCUGCUCAGCCCACAUCCGCCAAGAUUGCCGAUGUCUUUGGUCGUGUCGAACUCAUCUGCGUCUCCGUCAUCUUCUACGUCGUCGGUACCAUUGUCGAGGCAUGUGCUACUGAGGUUAAGGCCUUCGCCGCCGGCGCCGUUAUCUACCAGGUUGGCUACACCAUGAUCAUGCUGCUUGUCGAGGUCAUCAUCGCCGAUAUUACCUCCACCCGCGCCCGUCUGCUGUUCAGUUACAUUCCUGCGCUUCCUUUCAUCAUCAACACCUGGGUCAGCGGUAAUAUCUCCGCCCUGGUUCUCGGCGAAAGCACCUGGCAGUGGGGUAUCGGCAUGUGGUGUAUCAUUUACCCUGUCUGUGCCCUCCCCCUCAUCAUCAGCCUGUCCAUUGUCGGCCGCCGCGCUAGGAAGCAGGGACUGCUCGACUCUUACUCGUCUCCUUUCCGCAUGCUCGGCCCCAAGAAGUUCCUCAUUGAGCUGUUCUGGCAGCUCGAUGUCAUCGGUAUCAUCCUGGUUAUCGCCAUCUUCGCCCUAAUUUUGGUUCCUCUCACCAUUGCCGGUGGCUUCUCGACAACGUGGCGCGAGGCUCACGUCAUUGCCCCCCUCGUCAUCGGUAUCCUUUGCAUCCCGGUCUUCGCUGUGUGGGAGAUGAAGGCCAAGCACCCUCUCGUUCCCUUCAAGUUGAUGCGCGACCGUGGUAUCCUGGCCCCUCUCGGUAUUGCACUGGGUCUCAACUGGGCUUGGUACAUGCAGGGAGACUACCUCUACACCGUCUGUAUCGUUGCUUUCGACUUCAGCAUUGCGUCCGCUACCCGGAUUACGUCGCUGUACUCCUUCUGCAGUGUCAUCACCGGCUUUAUCCUGGGCUUCAUCGUCUUCAAGGUCCGCCGCCUCAAAUACUUUAUCAUCGCCGGUACCAUGCUCUUCAUGGUCGCUUUCGGUCUGUUGAUCCACUAUCGUGGUUCUCCUACCUCCGCCGGACAAAGCGGUGUCAUCGGUGCCCAGGUCCUUCUCGGUAUUGCAGGUGGCAUGUUCCCCUAUCCUGCGCAAGCCUCGCUCCAGACCACUCUGAAGCACGAGCACCUUGCAAUCAUGACCGGUCUCUACCUCGCCACUUAUAACAUUGGAUCUGCCUUCGGCAACACAGUAUCUGGCGCUAUUUGGACUCAGGUUCUGCCCUCCGUCCUUCAAGAGAACCUUGCACCCUUUGGCAAUGACUCUCUGGCUACCGUAACCUACGCUCAGCCUUUUGUUGCCAUCGCCGAGUACCCCGUUGGAACCCCCGAGCGCGCGGCCAUUAUCGACUCGUACCAGCACGUCCAGCGUCUUCUUACCAUUACCGGUAUCUGCUUGACGGUCCCUCUUAUCGCAUUCGCCUUCCUCCUGAGGAACCCCAAGUUGAACGACCAGCAAACUCUUGCGGUUGACGACGUUCAGAUCCGCCCUGCGGAGAACAAUGACAACCUGCCUAGCAAGAUUUAA